GAAAAAACGACAUAUCCACAUUGGCAAAGAGAAAGGAUGGAAGCAAAUUUUGCAAAGGGGAAGAUGAUAACAGUGUUAAGCAUCGACGGCGGGGGCAUUAGAGGAAUCAUUCCGGGGACUGUACUCAAAUUUCUUGAACAAAAGCUUCAGGAUUUGGAUGGCGCACAAGCGAGGAUAGCAGAUUAUUUUGACGUAAUUGCUGGAACGAGUACAGGUGGAUUGGUGACGACCAUGAUUACUGCUCCUGAUAAGGAUAAUCGACCUUUGUUUGCUGCUAAAGAUAUUGUCAAAUUCUAUUUGGAUCACGCUCCUUACAUCUUCCCUCAAAAAAAAUCAUGUUAUGGAAUGAGUAAUCUUAUAAGCAAAGUGACGAACUUUUUUGGGCAAGCAACGGGACCAAGAUAUGAUGGAAAUUAUUUGAGGACAAUGUUGAAUGAGAAACUUGGAGAUCUCACUCUCAAACAAACUUUGGCAUAUGCUGUCAUUCCUGCUUUUGAUAUCAAGCUUCUCCAACCAGUUAUUUUUACUACAAAUGAUGCAAAAUCUAAUGAGCUCAAGAACCCACGACUUGCAGAUGUUUGUAUAAGCACUUCGGCAGCUCCAACAUUCUUACCAGCACACUACUUUGAGACAAAGGAUUCUAAUGGUGGCACUCGUGCGUUUAAUCUAGUUGAUGGUGGAGUUGCAGCUAAUAAUCCUACACUUGCUGCAAUCACUCACAUUACGAAAGAGAUAAGUGUGAUGGGAAAUUCAGAUUACAUAAACAUAAAGCCAAUGGAUACAAGAAGAAUGCUGGUUGUUUCAUUAGGAACAGGUGCACCCAAAAAUGAUGAGAAAUUCAGUGCAGUUCAAGCCUCCAAAUGGGGACUUUUCAGUUGGGUUUUAGACUUUGAAAAUGGUGGCACCCCCAUUGUUGAUUUCUUUGGCCAUGCAAGUGCUGAUAUGGUUGAUUAUCAUGUUUCUACCUUCUUCCAAUCAUUACAUAGUAAACAUAAUUAUCUUCGUAUUCAAGAUGACACAUUGACGGGGGAUCUAGCCUCGGUGGACGUUGCGACAAAAGAGAAUUUAAAUAAGCUGGUAGAGACAGGAGAGGCUCUACUAAAGAAACCAGUUUCAAGAGUGAAUUUAGAAACUGGAAAAUUUGAAGCAGUUGAUGAAGGUACCAAUGAAGAAGCACUUACUGAGUUUGCGAGGCUGCUUUCUGAAGAGAGAAAGCUAAGACUAAGCACUUAAACUUAAUUAGGAUAUUCCUUCAUAUGCUUCUUUAACUAAAUAAUAUAUUAAUUGUUAUUUACUUUGUUUGCUUAUGUGCGAAUAUACCAUGGGAAUAAAUCUCAUCCUUGUCAUCUUGUGUAUGUUUAUGUUUCUGGUGUGAAUGUGCCAUGGGAAUAAAUCAAUUGAAUCUUUUGUGUGUAUAUGAAUGAUUUUUUUUUAAAAAAAAAAUCGUCCAACUUCUACUUGGA